GUGGGACCCAUAGAUGUGGGGCAGCCCCAUAGAUGCGGGACGGGACCCAUAGAUGUGGGGCGGCCCCAUAGAUGUGGGCCUGUCGCGUCCACUUCCGGGUUUUAUCCCCCUCCUCUCUUACAGCGGCCGCAAGACUCCAUCCGAAAGGGGCGGGGCUAAGCGCAGAUCACGUGACGCAGCCCAGCCGUGAGCGGCGGGGUUUCGCAUACACCACGUGACGCAGUCCAUACGGAAGCGGCGGGGUUUCGCGCAGACCACGUGACGCGGUCCAUACGGAAGUGGCGAGAUUACGCUUAGACCACGUGAUGCGGAAAAUCCGGCCGGUCCUGACUCCACUUCCGGUCUCUCCCUGCCGCCGCUGUUAAAGGGGCCGCAAAGCGGAGCGGCCGUUUCUUUUUUGUUUUGGGAAAGGGGGGCGGGGGAUUUUUUGGGGUGAAUUCGGAGGAUUUGGGCUUUUUUUUUUUAAGGGGGGGGGGAGGCGAUGGCGGGGGGGGACGCGAAUGUCUUCCUGUUCGUCCCCAACGUCAUCGGCUACGCGCGGGUGCUGCUGGCCGCCAUGUCGGUGCUGCUGAUGCCGAGCUCCCCCCUCCCCGCCGCGCUCUGCUACGGCCUCAGCGCCGCCAUGGACGCCGUGGAUGGAAUGGCGGCACGGUGGCUCGAUCAGGGCUCUCGGCUGGGCGCCAUGCUGGACAUGCUGACGGAUCGCUGCUCCCUGCUGUGCCUGCAGCUCAACCUGGCCCUGCUUUACCCCAGCGCCGCCCCCCUGCUGCAGCUCAGCGUCUGCCUCGACAUCGCCAGCCAUUGGCUGCACAUGCACACGACAACGUUGGAGGGGGGCGAGAGCCACAAAAACGUGGGGCAGGGGGAGAAUCGACUGCUGCAGCUCUACUAUGGGCAUAAGGCGCUGCUGUUCACCGUGUGCGCGGCCAACGAGGGUUUCUUCUGCUGCCUGUAUUUGGAGUUCUUCUAUGGGGGGAGCGGGGUGCUGGGCGCCCUGCGCUGGGCUCUGCUGCCAUUGGCCGCUCUGAAGGCGCUGCUCAACGCCCUGCAGCUGCAGGCGGCCGCCCGGCGCCUGGCCGCCAUCGACAUCCGGGACAGGAAGAGCCGCUGACCACGCCCCCCUUUAGGCCACGCCCCCUUUAGGCCACACCCCCAGGCCCCCAUAGGCCAGGCAUCCCCCCCCCCCAAACCACAUCCAAUGAGGAGCUCCCAUCAUGGCCCCGCCCAUUCCAUAAGACACGCCCACUCUAGACCACGCCUGCUCUGCCAGGCCACGCCCUCUACAGGCCACGCCCCCUUUAAAGCCACAUCCAAUGAGCAGCUCCCAUAAUCAGAAUGGCCACCCCAUUGGACGAACCCAUUCCAUAGGACCCCGCCCACUCCACGCAAGCCACGCCCCCCUUCGUGUUGCUGCGGCUUCCCAUUGGUCACACUCCAAAACCCCGCCCUCUGAUCGACCAAUCCCUGAGCGCAGGGACCACUCAGGCCACGCCCACCCCCGUGGCCACGCCCACCCGCCUUUAAUAAAGAGCGGUGAGGUCACGUGA